AUAACUAACACGAAUAAAUAACGGUCGAUUUGGAAGUCUUUACAAAUAAACACGGAAUCAGUCCAACAAAGAUGGCGAAAUUGAUAGUUGUCGCUCUGAUGAUAUGUUUUAUGACAGAGGCAUUAACUUCAUCAGUAAAGGGACGACGUAAGUAUUAUAACGCCUAACACCUAGGGCAGUUCUCACUACCGAGACUCCGGCUUUAAAAUUACGGCGCAAGAUUAUAAACUCUAGAGUGCAAAAUAUAUCACGAAUUUUAUUGACCACCGCCCAGAAGAAAUCAUCUUUAACUUGUCGCACUGUGUGAUAACACUGCCAACAUGAAAAGCUUUCAUUACUUUGCUCAGCCUAAUAUUAUUUUUAUUAAAUUUACAACUUCAACUAAGAAUUUACGAAAAGGCACUACUUAAAAAAAAAAAUGAGAAAGGCGUUUAGUUUACUUCCCAGUUCUUCUCAGUUCUCGAAGGCAACGCUUAAGCUGGGUGUCAAGUUUGUUAAACAAGAACUACAAUCUUCCAGAAUUGACUUCACCUGAGUGCGCCCGUCUACAAGUGAUAAUUAAGAAAUUCGCCUUCAAAGAGAGAAAAAAACCUAUGAAUUUGCUUGCUAUCAGAGCUUCAUUUAGGUAUAAUGUUUCAAAUAUCACUUUUUCAACAGAAAAUUUAGUAUUGAUUAUUCCUUCGUUUCAACUCUUUGAUUAACCUGCCUAUUAUCACGUCGCCUCAGCUUUUAUGUUAAUUUCUGCUUCAAACUUUCCUUCUUUUUUUCUUUUUUCAUUGUUUUAUUUCACUGUGGAAAUUUUUUUCUUUUGGCCUACAUUGAUUGUACCAGUUUUAAUGCUUAUGAACAUAAUAGCAAUAAAUUAUCCUGAGAAGCAAGAAUUUUUCAACAUCACACUUGCAUGUGAGUUAAAUUUGCAUUUCCCUUGAAAGAAAAUGACUUUAUCAACGGAAAUUGUUUGGCCUCCUAGGAGCUUUCGACGCUGGUAUCACAAAAGUUCACAAAAAUGAAUCAGCGUGAACUGCACGUAGUGUUUCUUCGUGACUUCAACAAUUUCCUUCAUUCUGUUCUAAGAUUUGAAAAGCACUAUAAUUAUCAAAAGUGAAAUGACGAGACAUAAUUAUAAAUAUGGUGCUUAUUUUGUUUCAUCUUUUUCAUUUUUACUACGUUUUUGUGAAUUAAGGAUCAAUCAAACGGUGCGACCAAUCAAAUUUAUUUCACAGUAAUUUGCUCUAGUUUUAGGUUUUGACAUAAAAAAAAAGAACAGAAGAAAAACAAAAGCAAAACAAAUUAAAACGGUGCAAGAGCUCGAAGAUUAUAGCGCUAAGGAAGAACAGCAACAGUACAGAACACACAAGUCAAGGAUUUUAUUAUUAUGGAUUAUUAUUAUGAUUAUUUCUUCUUCUUCUUCUUCUUCUUCUUCUUCUUAUUAUUAUUAUUAUUAUUAUUAUUAUUAUUAUCAUCACUAUUGACAUUUGUUAUUAACCUUUCGGCUUAUAACUGCCUCAAAAUUUUUAUCGAUAAAUUUCAUAUGCUUUUAUAUAACAUCUCAGUUUAUUGUUCACCAAUGAUGAAGCUCCGCCUAUUAACGCACUAUAAUUAUGUAAUUGAUAAAGGCAAGUUUCAAUUUUCUUGGCCUUACUGGAAAAAUUGCUAAAUAUCAAAUUUUAUUAACUGAAGAGAAAUCAUGAUAAUGCUCAGCAUGCAAAAUUAUCAUUUGUAGAAAACUUUCCCUUGAAUAUAUGUUUUCUCUCUCGAUUGAGUCAAGGCUUCAAUUCAAUCCGUUUUUCUAAACGCCCGAAAAUUGACUUAGUUAGGUGUUAAAAAUUGGUAGAAGUUGAGGGAAGUCGAUAAACGAGUACACGAGAACGAACCAUGAUCGCCAAGAAUGACUUCGAUCGUCACUUUUUUUUUUCUCAGAGAAACGCGCGCCAAACGAAAAAGAAAUAUACUCGUCAAAUUAAAUAAAAAUUAAUCGAGCAAGUACAAAAUAAUUGUAAAUACAAAUUAAACAAUCGAACUACUAAGUUUUGCAACAAAAAAACUAGCUAUUUCAGUUUAACGAAAAUCUUUAAGAGCAGAUCGACGGCGUCGCAAUGGGAUCGCUACUGGGCCCCCCGUGGCAUUUGCGUUUACGUGUUCAAAUGAAGGGAAAUUUUUUCUAUAAGAGGUACUUGAAUUUUUCUAUAAGAGGUCCGACGCCUUGAAUGACAACACUAAAUACGUUGGCCUUAGUACCGUAAUCAGUCAUAAAAAAACGCCUGGAAAGUGCCUUUCAAAAAAAACACGAAAAAGGGACAACACUAAAUAAUUUGCAUUCAGUAAAUUCGAGAGUUCCUAUUAAAAAGAACGUUAAGCCAACCGACUACUAAAAAAUCACCGUCUGGCAUGAAGGACGUAAUCAUCGUUGAGUAUCCAUCAAACAUGGUCAAUCAGCGCUCAUCUAAAACCGUGUUCAAACCCUGUAGGAAGUCUGUUUAUUUUUUGAGUCGAUUAAUGCACGUCUUCCACGAGGUCAACUUUUGCAUAAAAAACACGAAAAAAUGGUUCGCGGGAGAAGCAACUUCUAUAGCGGCGCAAGACAAAUGUUUCAAGAGUCGAGGAUGUGCUCACAAACUAUUUUGCGACGAAAGGAGAUAUCACUGGCAUGAUACCUGCAUGUAAUGGUAAUUUUUUAUCAAUCUAGGUCGCCCCGUGUUCGCUCGACAACGCUGUAACAAUGUUUGGACAGUCCAAAGAUACGGGAAGUAGACUUAAGCACUUAGUAUCGCUAUUCGAAAAGUAUAUACCCAACUUUGUCUGAGGAUUCGCGCAAACACAUAUACCAAGUACAUCUGGAUCAGACAUGACAUUCUCCUGCAUGAGACACAAUCGGCUGAGGGAAAUAUCUGUUUACAAGUCGGGUUAAUUAUCCAUUCUUGUGCACCGCAAAAUCAGCUAAAAUCAGUCGCUGGAAACCUGGCAUGUUAUUAAGCCGGAGCGCUUCUAAGAAUAACACGUUUAGAACUUCGACGAGUAGAAAAAAAAGGCAGUUGUUCUAUAUCCUUUCUGGUUCAUCCAGGUAGAAGUCCUGGCAUGAUAUCAUUAUGCCUGAGCGCUUCUAGGAUAUAUAACACGUUUAGCAUUUCAACCCAUAGCCGUAAAAAACAAUUAGGUAGUUGUUCUAUAUCCUUUCUGGUUCAUCCAGGUAGAAGUCCUGGCAUGAUAUCAUUAUGCCUGAGCGCUUCUAGGAUAUAUAACACGUUUAGCAUUUCAACCCGUAGCCGUAAAAAAAAAUUUAGCCAGUUGUUCUAUAUCCUUUCUGGUUCAUCCAGGUAGAAGUCCUGGCAUGAUGAUAUCAUUAUGCCUGAGCGCUUCUAGGAUAUAUAACACGUUUAGCAUUUCAACCCGUAGCCGUAAAAAACAAUUAGGCAGUUGUUCUAUAUCCUUUCUGGUUCAUUCAGGUAGAAGUCCUGGCAUGAUAUCAUUAUGCCUGAGCGCUUCUAGGAUAUAUAACACGUUUAGCAUUUCGACCCGUAGCCGUAAAAAAAAAUUUAAGCAGUUGUUCUAUAUCCUUUCUGGUUCAUCCAGGUAGAAGUCCUGGCAUAAUAUCAUUAUGCCUGAGCGCUUCUAGGAUAUAUAACACGUUUAGCAUUUCGACCCGUGGCUUUAAAAAAAAAUUCAGGCAGUUGUUCUAUAUCCUUUCUGGUUCAUCCAGGUAGAAGUCCUGGCAUGAUGAUAUCAUUAUGCCUGAGCGCUUCUAGGAUAUAUAACACGUUUAGCAUUUCAACCCGUAGCCGUAAAAAACAAUUAGGUAGUUGUUCUAUAUCCUUUCUGGUUCACCCAGGUAGAAGUCCUGGCAUGAUAUCAUUAUGCCUGAGCGCUUCUAGGAUAUAUAACACGUUUAGCAUUUCAACCCGUAGCCGUAAAAAAAAAUUUAGGCAGUUGUUCUAUAUCCUUUCUGGUUCAUCCAGGUAGAAGUCCUGGCAUGUUAUUAUUAUGCCUGAGCGCUUCUAGGAUAUAUAACACGUUUAGCAUUUCAACCCGUAAACGUAAAAAAAUAUUAGGCAGUUGUUCUAUAUCCUUUCUGGUUCAUCCAGGUAGAAGUCCUCGCAUGUUAUUAUGCCUGAGCGCUUCUAGGAUAUAUAACACGUUUAGCAUUUCGACCCGUAGCCGUAAAAAGAAAAAAAAUAGGUAGUUGUUCUAUAUCCUUUCUGGUUCAUCCAGGUAGAAGUCCUGGCAUAUUAUUAUGCCUGAGCGCUUCUGGGAUAUAUAGUAGCAGUUUGACCCGUAGAAAAAACAAACUCAGCCGUUCAUUUUGUAGGAGAUAUUUAAGCGUUUUUGUCUGUGUUAGCAAUGUGAUCGACUUUAAACGCAGACCUUAAUAAAAUGUUUUUUUCUUUGACGGCACUGAAUAAUUUUAGCCGAAACUUGAGCCGUACAUUUGUUGAAUGCCGCGCUUUAAUUAAAUUUAUCGCCCUAGAAUGAUGACAUUAUGGCGCGAAAAUUGACGCCUCUAUCGUAAUAGAGGCGAAAUAUGAUCAGAGAUAAAUGGAAUAGUGAAUGUUACAAGCUUCUGAGUAUCCAGCUGAGAUAGGGGACUUUUAGUCCCCUAUCUCAGCUUGAUAAACAAAAUUUUUUUGGUUGCUAAGACGGUGCGGCUCGUAGAUCUUGCGAAACGCCUGUCCUCUACGCAAGAUUUUUUUCUUGCAAGAAUGCAAGAACUUGAAAGGGAUAUUCUUGAAACUGAAAUAUCCCAAGAAGCUUCUCAUGUCAGCCAUAACAGUCUUCAGCAGCCCCGUGAUGACACAGGACACACACUGGCCUCUGACAGCCCUUUACGGCAGUCAAGCAGCACCUCACUGAAAGGCUCACACAAUUGGGUGAAAAAACAAUAGAAACGGUGACAUAACAAUGCCCCAUCCCUGAAAACAAAAGGCAAUAUUGUUUUAGUCGGCCACUGAAAUUAGAGGUUCGUGUGAGUUACUGGUCCCGUGAAAACUGGCCGCAAUUCACAAUCGAUUUUCCUCUCAAGGACUCUCAGUUUUGUGAAAACUGUCCACGGAUCUGCUCAGCAGAUUUUUGAUCCUUGAAAGUCUUGAAAGGUAAGAUGAUCCGUAAGGCAGUAGUCCAGUACCUCACAUGAACCUCUAAUUUCAGUGGUCGAGUAAAACAAUAUUGCCUUUUUUUUUCAGGGAUGGGGCAUCGUAGUGUCACCGUUUCUAUAAUUAUAUUGUUUUUACAGCCAAUUGUGUGAGCCGUUCAGUGAGGUGCUGCUUGACUGGUUUUCACUAGCAAAAUUUGCCCAUUUUCACUCUUAAAUUUACAUGCACUUUUCACACUUUCUUUAUCUAUAAAUAUUACCACGGAUCAGGUAAAUUUCUUAUCUUUUGAUAAUGACGACAUGAAGCCAUCGAAACUUUAAGUUUCUUUUAAGUUGUUAAUUUUUGUUUCAAAAUAUACAAAUUAGAGGCAAAAAGGAGGAGAGACUGGAGCGGAGGAAGGAAAAAGUUGUCUUAAUUUUUCUUCUCUAGGACCUCUAGCUCUUCCACUCUCGUUCAGUGAGGCUUCCCCGCUCGCUCCUCAUACGUGUUCUCGAUCUACUGCGACGCAACAGAAAAAAAGAAAAAGAGAAUUCGGGCUAAGACGCUCAGAGAAGAACUCGCACGUGAUCAGGUCGGCCAUCCUCUAUCCGUCGAAACCGGGAGAAAUCUAAGCCCCUGUCGCGCAAAGUAAAUGACGUUCUCCCCAUCAAAGAGUAAAAACUAUUUACAUUGUGUUUCAUUUUAGUGUUGUGAGGUUUUAAAUAACAGUUCAUAUCUGGCCCCACGGGAAAAAGCUUCCAUUCGGGGAACGUUCACGCUUGGUGCCCGGGCACAAUGCCAAAGCACGGUACUAGCAGGGCGGAAUGGAGAGAAAAUGCACCCAGUUACAUAUCGAGUACUCAAUGUGUGAACACAAGACUUAAUUCAGUCCCAGUACCCAUGCACAAGUGCUUGGGCACAAAGGGUACGUGAACACUGAGCCCCUUAGGGACUCUUGGAAACAGAAAUCACUGAUUCCCUCUCGGAUGUUAGCCAUCAAGUGCUUUAGUAAUGUUCUCCUUACUUUUAUCUGAUAGAGAAGGAGAAGUGUGUCAAUGAGGAGGACGAUGAAACUUGCGAAGUGUUCGCAGAAUAUUGCGAAGAUGUGAACAAGGAGUUGAGUGAAGAUGACCAUCGAUAUUUUGUGCAUGAAUCAUGUCCUAAGACGUGUUUGAUGUGCUAAUUGCUAACCAUGGUAAACCACUCGCAAAUCACUAAGGUAUCUGUCUCCUCCUACAAUAAAGCCCUGUUAAUGUUUGUUGAGUACCGACUAGGGUGAGAGCAUUGAUUCCAGCUGAGCUGCGACUUCCCGGCAAAAGCUCUGACCAUAGAAUUGUGUUUUACGUCCGGCCUAAUAUUCACUUCAAUCCUGAGAAAUCUUUUCCAUAAAAUCCCAAUAGACAUUCUUUGCCUGUACUAAAAUUGCCCAGGCUGGUUCACAGUUAAGACAUAAUAGCUUCAAUAAGCAAAUAUCCUGGGAUACGAUAAGGAAAUUAAAGGGAGUCGAGUAAACUCUAAACUCUAAUUUUUACUCCAAUCAGCUCUCACUGUCAAUAUUAAAGUAAUGGUCUAAGAAAUCUAUCCACUUGCUGCCUAUGGAAAACGAGACGUGAAUCCGCUCUUCCCUGAUUUUUGUUGUUGUUGUUUUCUUUUUCUUUUUCUUACGCGUCUUGUUCGACGGGCUAAGAGAAAACAGGGCUGUUCGUAGUGCAUAUACAAAAAACGGAAUCUCAGUCAGUUUAAGUAUACAAUCAACAUAAAUAUGCGUUUGCCUUAACAGAUUUCAGAAGGGAUGAAGACGGAUGAAGGAGUCAACAAUGCAUUAUUACGUUAUUUCUAAUUAAUUAAAUUGACUGAAGCUUUUGCUACCGCGAAUCAAAUAGAUUGUGAAGAAAACUGAAUGUAAACCGAUGUGAAUUGAGCUAUUAAAGUUUCAUAUAAUUCAGAACCGGGUAGAGUCACGCAAUUCUGGCAGUUGCUUUUAUUGUUGUAAUGCAGACGCUAGACGCUUGUUAGUGUAGCAAAAUAUUAAAGAUUUGGCUC